CUUUUAUAUUUCUUGCAGAUGUUCUCUGUGGGGCCCGUCUUUAAGGGUAUAAAGAUGAUCCCUCCUGGACCUCAUUUUGUAUAUUAUAGCUCCUCAAACAGGGAUGGCAAUGAAUUUUCACCUGUAGUUGGCUUUUUUAUUGAUGCUUGUUCUUCGGGGGUAAUUGUUCGUAAAUGGCAUCAGCAAGAGGAGCGGUUAGUCAAACUCUCAGAUGAUGAGGAAGAGAGGUAUUCUGCGGCAGUAAAGAAACUGGAGUUUGACCACCAACUGGGGCCUUAUGAUUUGAACCGCUAUGGCGACUGGAAGAGAAUUUCAAAUUAUAUCACUAAGGACACCAUAAGAAGAAUCGAACCUAUUGGCGGGGAAAUUACUGUUGUAUCUGAAGCUGGAGUGGUUGACAAGGGUCCUAAGACUGCUGCCGAAAAAGCUUUAGCAGAGCAGUUGCAGAAAAGUAAGUUCUCAAUACCUGCUGAAAAGCCCCUCAAGCAGCGAUGUUACUACACAUCAAUUCCCCGUUUUGUCAAGAAUAAGAGCAUUUCAGGGCAAGAACUUACUUCUUUGAACCAUGACAAAACGCAGCUGCUAGAAGCAAUACUGGCAAAAGAUUGUGAAGGUUCAGAAGAUUUAAUUAUUGGGGAACUCCAGUUUGCUUUUAUUGCAUUUCUGAUGGGACAGUCACUUGAAGCAUUUCUUCAGUGGAAAGCUUUAGUUAGCCUCUUUUUUAGCUGUAUAGAAGCAGUAAGUAUUGAUAUAUUUCCCCUAUUACCUUUCUAUCAGAAACCUAUACAAUUUUAUUUUUUUAUCAAAGUCUUAUACUACCAAUUACAUUAUGGGCUCCAGAAAGACCGUUCAAACACAAUAGAGGCAGAAAAGGGUGCAACAGUGCUCUUGGAUGAAUCAUGGCUCUCCACAGAGAGUUUUCUCCAUCGUUUUUGCAAGGAUUUCUUUUCUUUGGUGCUAGAAGCCUCAGUCAUUGAUGGAGAUCUGCUGACAUGGACAAGGAAACUGAAAGAACUACUUGAGGGGACACUAGGAUGGGAGUUCCAUCAGAGCAGUGCAGUGGAUGGCAUAUAUGCAGAAGAGGAUGAUGAGUUUGCUCCUGUUGUCGAAAUAUUGGAUGACGCAAGUUUUGGUGAAGCUACAGCAUCUUAAAUAAUGGAUACCGGCAUUAAUGUGCCCUGGGAGUUCGUGUCAUCUAGUUUCCUCAACAAAUGUCUUGUUCAGAUGGUUGCCCAGGGAAGCCAAUUCCAUUGCAGUUCGGUUAGCCAAGGAGAUGGAAUAGGCAGGACCUUAUGAUCAUUUAUCCAAUGCUAUUGUCGCUUGCUAUGCUAUAUCAGUCUAUGCACCAUUUUUAUGCUUUGGUCCCCUUGUAUAUUCUCCUCUUUAAGCAAAUUUAACUAUUCACAAAAAGAAACAGAAACUGAAGCUCUUGAAUUUCUGCUUGCACAUACACAGAAGAUCAAUCAGGAAUACUAUUUGCAUAAUUUUAGUACUAAGAACCACCUAUAGAGUUCAACCAGUUUCCUUUUCUUUUUUUUUCAGCAAUGAUUUGCCGAGUGACUCAAAUGUCUGCCACACGGCAAUUUGAAUGAGCCCCCAUGUUCCCUAUUAAUUCCCUUGUUAAAUUUCAGCCCAAAUGGAGUUUGCCUCGUGGCAAAAUAAAGAUUUUAGUUAUCGGUAUUGAUAUGUCGAUAAUUGUCUCUAUCAAUUUGUAACCA